AUGUCCAUACUGAUUAGUGGUUCACAGGAGAUCCUCAACGGCCCUUCCAUCGAUGCGAUGCUUCGAGGUCUAACCGAGAGGCCGAAUGUACAGUCCACCUUGAUCCUAUCUCGAAAAGAUGGUUCUAUCAUAAGAGUUACAGGCAUUGCCGGCCCUGGGGAGAGAAGAUCGUCGGCUUCUGCUACAGCGUACCACUGGCCGCAGGCACAAGAGUCUAAGGGAGCCGCAGAUCUGUCAGAGAAAGGGCGUUCGGCUCUUGCCAGUGAAUCAGAUGAGCCAUCAGACGCCCAACAUGUUGAGAAACCGGUUGAACGGUUGGCUGCAUCCAUCUUUCAAUUCGUGAACAAUGCCAGUAUUAUGGGGGCAACGCUUGGUGCAGCUUCCCGAAACACGGAACGCCCAGAAGGGCCAUACGCUGGCGCAGGCUAUGGCGAGGCCAAAAGGGUCCAGAAUAAAGAGCGACACACUGAAGAAGAUGCAGAAAAUGGAAUUACUGAGGAUGAAGUUCAAUUGCUCAGGCUGCGAACCAAACACCAAGAGAUCAUCAUUUUCCCUGAUCCCAACUACAUCUGCUGUGUUGUUCAACGGAUCGGCAAGACUGCCAGCGGCCAUGACAGAAGAUAG